UGGUGGGUGGGGUUGGGGGUGGCCUUCGCAUGGGUGGGGGCAUCAUGGGAAUGAUCAAAAUUUAGACCUUUAUUCGCUCCUGGGGGGGCUGAGCUUCGCGUCGUUGCUCGGGGCCACCAUCGUGUUUUUAGCCAGGAGGAAUACCUCCGGUCGCCGCCGCCGCUCCCUGGACGGGACCCGUUACCUCGACGACGACGAAUUUGACACCCCCACAACCGCCUCGGGCCUCUAUUUCACAGACAUCCUCCGAAUGAUAACCAACCACACAAAUUAACCUCACCAACCACCAGAUGCCACUUCCAUUGCCAUUCCCAACACAACUUCACCCUCAAAUCCACCACCACCACCACCGUUUUACUAAAUAACGGGACGUACCACUGCUGCCCUUCUUUUCUGUUAUAUUUUAUAUAAACAUUUCUUAAUAAAUUUUUAAAAAACCAUGGAAACGAAUAAAGAAUUGAAUAAACUCUCGAUAGAAAUUGCCCCCACGACGGGGGGCGCCUUUGAUUUCCUCGUCGAUCCCGAGGACUCGAUUGAUUUCAUUAAAAAAUGCAUCGCUAAAAAGUUAAAAGUGGGCAAGGAACAGAUUUGUUUGCUUCACAGGGAUAGGCUCUUGGAAAACUGCAAAACGGUGAAGGACUAUGGCCUAGCGGAUGGUUCGAGAGUUUCCCUAGUUCCGAGCAUCGAGACCGGAUUGGUGACGCAGCGCCCGGAGCAAUCCGUGUUGGAAGCGCUGGAAGGUCUGAACGAGUCGCAGGUUGGGGAUUUCCUCAGCGGAAAAUCCCCCCUGAAUUUAACAAUGCGGUUGGGCGAUCACGUGAUGUUGAUUCAGCUUCAGUUAUCUAAAGGGCAACACCACCACGCGACGACUUCCUCAAUAAAUCAUGACAAAUCUUCGGAAACUCCUCCUCCCAGUGAAACCGCCACACCCACCACGAUAACCCCGCCCACCGUGACUCCUCCUCCCCCUUCGGAUCCUCCUCCCCCACCCCCACCACCAACUCCACCCCCUACACAACCCACCCCACCCACCCAAUCACUCCCCACCCCCCAACCCUCCUCGUCGUCCCUCGUGGAAGCCUCCCGAAACCUGACAAACACUUUGAAAAAGCUGAGCAGUCACGUGACCACUUCGGAUAAGAAAAAGACCAAUCGGAAGCGGAGGCGGAGCGAGGAGUCGACCAAUCAAAAAGCUCCAAAUAAUAAAGAGGAAAAAUUACCAAUCACCAAUCACAUGCAGCAUCACGGAAAGGGGGUUUACUCGGGGACUUUUAGCGGAACGUUGAACCCCGCCCUGCAGGACGGCCUCGGAAAACCAAAAAAACACGUGUCCACCAUCGUUCACAUUUUAAACGACUUGCUCGGCGGGGUUCAGGCGGGGGCAACCACCUCCUCCUCAUCGAAAAAGAAGAAGAAGCACCACUCCACCUCGACCACGACCCCAUCCUCGACGAUAACCUCGGAGCCGACGGAGGAGGAGCGCGCCCUGGAAAAUGAAGCAUUAAGAGUGAAAAUGGAGGCCUUGAGGGAGCAGUUGCGGUUGAGGAAGGGGAAGUUUAAUAAAAGUGGUGGGAGUAGUGGGAGCGGUGCCGGUGGUGGGAGUGGUAGCGGAUUAGCAGGGAGCGAUGAUCUUAAUGUCAAUAGUUGAUAAUUUAUUUUUGGUUUUUUUUAAUUCGGGUUAAUAAAUUUUAUGUUUUUUUGUAUGGAAAAGUGA